AUGACCGAGCAUACCUCUGCGCGACAAGAUAAGAGCUCAAGGAGCUAUUGGUUAAUGUAUGGGGCGCUUUUGAUUGGCCUUGCCACAGCGUUUAUCACUCUGUUCAACAAUCCCAUCCAAUCGUCUAGCCUACCCAAGCUGGAUGUGUACGGCCCCGGCGCAGAAUCCGAAUUAUGCCAACAGGUGCCAAAGCUGUCUCCAAAGAACAAGAAAGUGGAACAGUUCGUUCGUGAAAGAGUCGACUCUACGGAGUACCACCAAGAAAUCAUCAACAAGCUCUCUGGAAUUAUUCAGAUCCCGUCCGAGAGCUACGAUGACUUGGGACCCAUCGGCGAAGACGACAGGUGGAAUAUAUUCUUCCAAGUGGAGGACUACAUCAAAGCCAGCUAUCCCACUGUAUUUCAGACCGUCAAGCUGGAUCACGCCAACAAACACGGCUUGAUCCUGACAUGGGAAGGCAGCGUCCCACCAUCGACGGCCAAGCCUAUUCUCAUGCUCGCACAUCAAGACGUAGUACCAGUGCUCUCAGAGAACGUCAAGGAUUGGGCUCAUCCGCCCUAUGACGGCCACUACGACGGUGAGAUUAUUUGGGGUCGUGGCGCUACCGACGACAAAGGCUACUUGAUAUCCAUCAUUGAGAGCAUGGACCUGCUGAUCAAGAGCGGGUUUAAACCGAAAAGAACGGUCGUCCUAGCAUUUGGCUGCGACGAAGAAAUUAGCGGCGAGAAUUGUGGAAGGCCUAUCUCUGAUUUCCUUCAUAAACAGUAUGGAGAUGAUGGGAUCUAUCUGAUCAUGGACGAAGGCUCCACGGGGAUCCAGAGGGAAUUUGAUCAGUCCUUUGCCAUGGUUAGCGUGGCAGAAAAGGGCUAUCUGGACGUCGGCAUCAAUCUCUCGUCGACGGGUGGUCAUGCGAGUAACCCGCCGGACCAUAACGUUAUUGGUAUCCUAUCGGAAAUCGUGGUCGCAAUUGAGAGCAACCCAUUCCCCGGGGCAGUCACUCCGAAGAAUCCCAUGUUCCGCUUCCUCGAGUGUGCAGCUGUUCAUGCUCCCGUGUCGAGCUUCCCGAUGGCGGUCCGUCCCAAGUUGAGCAUGGCCGCUCAAGGUGAUAGCGUCAGUCAGGAGCAACUAGCCCAAACACUCGAUGAUAUGAGAUAUUACUUCAAGACAAGCCAGUCCGUUGGAAAGAUCCAUGGCGGCGUCAAGAUCAAUGCCAUCCCUGAAACAGCGUCGACGUUAGUCAACCUCCGCCUGGCCGUCGAAACCUCGAUUGCGCAGGUCGAGGCACACUACGAGUCUCUUGUCGGUUUCAUUGCUCAAAAGCACGGAAUGCUAUUUGAAGGCUUUCAUUCGUCAUGCAACUCUUCAGAGAAACGGAAAAUUUGCCUGUUUGGGAUCGACGCCUUAGAGCCCGCUCCCGUCUCUCCAGUUGACACCGAAUCUUUCCGCGUCUUGUCUGGGACUAUCAAAAAUGUUCUCAAGCCGCUUGGCACGGACAACGAGCUUGUUGUAACACCAUACCUCAUGCCAGCCAACACCGACACUAAGUUCUUUUGGGCCUUGACGAAAAACAUUUACAGAUUCACGCCAGUGAAUCUGGUGCAUAAUCUCAACCGGGCACAUACGACAGAUGAGUUCAUUCGAGCUGACGAGUUUGUGAGAGAGCCCUUGUUUUUCGCGAGUUUGAUUCUGAAUGCCGAUGAUGUUGUGACUCUGUGA